AGCAGUUCCUAUCUGAAAGAAAUCAGCUACAUCAGUGAUAGUGGAGUGGAGUCAGCCAUCAGGAGGAGCCACAGUGACUGCAUAUGUAGUACACUACAGUGAUGGAGUUGAUAAAAUGACUGAGGAUGUACCUGCACCUUCAAUUAGCUCCUCCAUAACAAACCUUACAAACUGCCUUGAAUAUACUUUUAUAGUCGAAGCAAUAUCAGAACACCUUUCCGGGGAGUCUGAUAUCCACACAAUUGCUUUAGGUGCCUCAGCACUUGCAGUGGACAUUAGGCGAGAAGUUAUGAGUUCAACAAACAUCAAUUAUAGUCCGAUGGACUGGUAUGGCAGCCUGGCCAUCGUACCCGUCAGAUAGUAAUACAGGGGGAAGGAAAAAGCAAGAGGCCAGGGGGGAGGGACACAAAGAAGGGAAAGGAAACAAAGAGAGGGAGAGCGAAAGACGGGGACGGGAACCCUACACACGUACUCCGUUGGGUGGCUGACAAUGAAGGAAUAGGGAGAAUUCGGCCCCUAUAGCCCCUCAAUUACAAUGGAAACAUGGAAGAUAGUAAGGUCCUUUUUACUGGGAGAUUUAACCUUGUGAUGAGCUUUGUACAUGACGAAAGUGAGCAAGAAAUAUUUUCUUUCUCUCAGUUCCUGGUCCAGUUGGAAAUCUCUCAGCAUCUCACACUCUCAAAUAUAUCUUUCCUGGCGUGCACCUAUUUUGCCUAAUGGUGUCAUCAUCGCAUAUGAGGUGUCCUACAGACCAGCAGACAAUUCAGGUCAUGAGUCCAGUCUGAACACCACUGAUGUGGAGUCAAAUUUCACAGCAGGGAAUGAUCUGGAGGGAGGGUCUGACUAUAUAUUCUCUGUCAGAGCAUACACUAGAGUUGGACCGGGAACAACGUCCUCUCUAAGAGCUUCCACACUUCUCCCGCUGGGAACAGCAAUUGAUAUUGUUGUGACGGUUGGCAUAGUUGCAUCUUUCGUGACAGCAUUGUUUCUCAUUUACAUUGGUGUCAUCAUGCUGUACAUCUACAAAAGGAGCAGGAAUAGAACUAAAAAACAGGACAAAAGCAACCAGAGUGCCACUGCUAGCAAUCUACUCUCUCUUCCAUACACUGACACUCCAGAUACUAAUGCAAGCAGAGAUAUUACUAGUGCAUUGAAAGUAACGCAAAUUUCCGAGGAAGACGAAGAUUACGAAGAUAUUUCCUUUGACUCAUAUGAUGUGGAAGCAGUGGAGGAAAUCUCACCAAUACAUGACACUAUUUUUGAUUCCAUAAUGACAAACCUAGUUUGUCCAAUACCUGCAGAUGAAUUUGGAGACUAUGUCACAAGAUGUCAUUCCAAUCAAAAUAAUGACUUUAAAGCCCAAUUUGCGUCGUUACAACAGUAUGGCGAAGAGGUUCCCAAGACUCUAAGAAAGUCCAAACUCAACAGAUUUUCCAAAAUUACUGUUUAUGAAGACAACAGGGUAAUACUCAAACCUAUUCGUGGUCACUCAGAUUAUGAGGAAGACUUCAUUAAUGCCAGCUACAUUGAUGGGUACAAAAAAGAACAGCAAUACAUUGCAACACAAGGACCACUGCCUAACACAACUGUUGACUUCUGGAGGAUGGUGUGGCAGGAGAGGUCUCAGACCAUUGUGAUGGUCACCAAUCUGGUGGAGGGGAAUAGGAUCAAGUGUCACAAGUACUGGCCAGAGACUGGGACCCUGUCCUUUGGUCCCUUCAAUGUCACCAUCACAGGACAACAGACACUGGCUGACUACACUACUCGCCACUUUGCUGUUCAGCUCACAGAGAGCCCUGGAGAUAUUCUAACUGUGACUCAGUUCCACUUCACAGAGUGGCCUGAGUAUAGGGUGCCUUACUCUGCCACUUCACUGCUAGUCUUCCUCAAGAAAGUGAAGAAACGUCAUGAGUUAUCAAAAGGACCAAUGAUUGUUCACUGCAGUUCUGGUGUGGGGAGGACAGGGACUCUGAUAACUAUUGACUGUGUUCUUGAGCAGCUGCAAGAGGAGGAGAAGGUGGUGGAUAUAGCUGGUGUCAUCAUCCACCUCCGCACACAGAGAAUGAAACUUGUUGAAAGUCUGGAGCAGUAUAUCUUUGUCCACGAUGCAAUCCUAGAAGAUUUGUUAUGUGGAGACACACAAAUUGAUGCUAGAAUUUUCCACAAAUCUAUGAGGAAAAUAAUUAACAGUCCACAAACGUAUGUGACUGAAUUUGAAAAACAGUUCAAGGUUCUUGAAAAGGUAUCCCCUAAACCAGCAGAGGUUUCAAGAAAGGAAGCUCUUCGAAAUGGAAAUAAAAACCGCAAUCUUUGGUACCUUCCAUCUGACAAGUGGCGUGUGGCUUUGAGGGGAGGGAGUAAUGACUACAUUCAUGCAGUUUUUGCUAGUGGUUACAAGCAAAAGAGAGCAUUCAUCAUAGCUCAGAGUCCCAUGGAGUCCACAGCCAGAGAUUUCUGGAAGAUGGUCCAUGACAGGAAGUGUGGAGUCAUUGUUAUGCUCUGUGACUUGGUGGAAGAUGGAGAGGAGACGUGUUAUCAAUACUGGUCUAAGACAGGAGUAGCUCAGUUUGGAGAGUAUACAGUUGAUCUGCUAGAGGAAAAGGCAGUUAAGGGAUUCCUCCUCCGUAAAAUCGCUGUUUACAACAUUAAGACUGCUGAUGCUCAUCAGGUUGUCCAACUACACAUGGUAAACUGGAGUCCUGAUGGAAGCUGCUCAAACCUCCCCACAAUCACUAGUGUGAUACGUGAGAUAACGGAUAUUCAAAUGAAGACUGGGAAUCAACCAAUUAUAGUUCAUUGCAGUGACACAGUGGGUAGGUCUGGGAUGUUCUGUGCCAUAGUCACCACCAUUGAGAGGUGUAAGACAGAGGGAGUGGUGGAUGUGUUCCAGGUGGUCAAGGCUCUCAGGGUACACAAACCUGGAGCUGUCCUCACUGUGGCUCAGUACCGCCUGUUGUUUGAGGCAGUGUUGGUGUAUCUGGAAUCAUUUGAUACAUACAGCAAUUUUGUACGUAAAUAGAAGGCUUAUAGGAACGAACCCUGUAGCAAACUGUAUAAUUAUUCACAACCGCUUUUGCUGCAUAUCACUGCUGAUUUUUAAUUAUUAACCCUCGGCGCGCAUGCGCAGUGAGGGUUACGGUAGUUGGGUUUGUGUGUCUGUCUGUCUGUCUGUCUGUGUCUGUUACUCGUUAACCCUCGGCGCGCAUGCGCAGCGAGGGUUACAGUAGUCGUUCUGUCUGUCUGUCUGUCCGUCUGUCUG